UGAACAGAGGUUGAGGAAUCUGGGUCUUGUAACAUUAGAAUAUAGAGGUGAUCGUGCUGACGUUAUACAGAUAUUUAAAUAAGUUCAUAAAUUUGACGAUAUGAAUUGGGACAGAAUGUUCAAAUUAUCUGUGGGUGGUCUUCGAGGACAUCAUUUAAAAUGCAUGAAGAAAAAGUGCCGCCAUAACAUUAUAGGCUUAACUCAUUUAGUCAAAGAUCCAUUUUUUACUGGAAUGCUUUAAGUACAAAAACUGUAAAUGCUGAGUCAGUAAAUGUGUUUAAAUCGCUGCUGAACAAUGAUAAUUGGAAUGCAAAGAAAUUUGUGCCAAGUUGUUACUGACUUUAGUAUGACUAUAAAGUGUGCACUCAGAGUUCAUUAAAGAAUCUUAAGUAACAAUUAGUUUUGAGAUUUACUCAGAAAAUCGAUUCUUCACAAGAGGGGCCAGGAAAACACAGCUGAUAUUACGGCCCGAAGAUCAAGGUAUCAGGGUAUAUCCGCCUCCGAGUACAAACCAGAAAAGGAAAAGAAUGUGAUAGCACUGUCCCCUUCUUUGCCCUUGUAAAGAGUAAACUUAUGAAAUAUGGCAAGUGGAGAAGCUGUAGAUCAAAAUGUUGAUGAAUCUUCAGACAGUAUACAUGACUUCCCAUGUAAACCUUGCUCUGAUGAUGGUAAAAAUAUUGAGGGUGUAAACUUCUGUGCAGAAUGUCAGACUUACUUCUGUCAGGCAUGUAUUGUUCACCACAACAAAUGCUUCAAAACACACACCCUUUACAACAAGUCUGGUAUAAAGUCAGGCAAGAUCCAGUAUCAGCAACAGUCAGGAGGACUGGCAUGUGAUAAACACCCAGGAAAUCUCAUUCAGAUGUACUGUGGAGAACAUGAUGAUGUCUGUUGUGCUGUAUGUAUAGCUGUUGACCAUAGGUUGUGUAAUAGUGCAGAUUACAUUCCAAAAUUGGCGAAGGAAAUUUUAAAUGGACGAGACAGAAAAGGUGCAAAGACAUCACUUGAAGAAAUGAAAGAAAAACUCCAUGCUGUAAAGUCUUCUAAACUUGAACAGAUAACUGAAGUUAGUAAAGAAAAAGAAGACCUCCUCAUUGAAAUUGGGAAAUUGAAGGAGCGCAUCAUUGCCAGAAUAGAAGAGAUAGAACAAACUUCAGUCAAGCAGGUACAAGACAAGCACAAAGGAAUUGUUGACAAAAUAAAAACUGACAUAGACGCUAUAGAUGCUAAGCUUAGAGCUAUUGAUGGUAAUAUUCGAAAGAUUAAUGAGUUCAAGGGAAAUAAUGAGGCUAAACUGUUUGUUGUCCUCAGUAAAGCUAAUGAGGUAGAAUCUGGCUGUUGUAAAUAUUUAGAAAAUUAUGGAGAGGCUGAGUAUGGCAAAAUCGCAUUUGAGUUCAGUCAAGGUAUUGAAUUGGCAAUCAGAAGUGUAGAAUCAUUUGGUUUCACAGGGGGUUGUGGUUUUGCUCAAUCUUACAUUGAUUCUGCUGUUUCUGCAGCAUCGCCGGUUGGUGAGUUUGUUGUCACAGAUUGUGAUUCAUGCUCGAUUAUCGAUUGUUGCGUUCUAGAAAACGGUCAGAUCAUCCUUGCUGACUUGAAAAAUCAAUGUCUCAUACGGUUUAACAAGGAAUAUGACUUGUGCGACUCGCUUAGUAUAUCUUAUCCCAAAAGCUUGUGCAGAAUAAGCCUAAGUGAACUAGUUGUUUUAGAUGACGAUGCUGUUCAUUUUAUUCAUGUUGGUAGGUCAAUGAUACCUACACAUUCAGUUACAAUAAAUGUGAAAGAGAGCUUGUUUCCUACAAUUACAGGGUAUCAAAUGACCAUUCCCACACUGUCUCAUAUUGUAUUCAGUGACGAGAAACUUUACAUAGUAGCUUAUAAUAAGUACUACAUGUACAUCCAAAGAGAGAAGAGGUAUCAGGAUCAAUACAGAGUAGUAGUACUGGAAUAUAACAUAGAUGGCUCUUUUGUUCGAAGUAUCUUAACUGAUCUCAAGCAAAAUAUAGAAAAAGUUAAUGCUUUUUCAAUGAGUUUAGAUAGUUCUCAGAUGUUCUUUGCCGUUGCUGAAAGGAGGAUAAUAACUCUAGAUAGUAACGGUAAAAUAUUAUCAGAGUUCUCUGAAAAAAGGUUGAAGAACGUUUCUUGUGUCAUUUAAGGAGACAGAGGACAUCUGUUUGUUUGUGAUAACGGCUCUGGUACUAUAUUUCUGGUUGAUAAUAACAGUAAAACACUUGAAGAACUAAGGGGUACAAUAGAUGGGAUAAGUUCUCCCUUAUCAGUAACUUAUAUCCAAAAGCAAAAAAGGCUUAUAGUUAUUGGUAAUACGAAAGUAAUGAAAAUAUUUCAGUUGACCUAAAAAUUUUAAUUUUAGGUUAAUUAUUUAAAGGCCAGACAAUGA